CAUGUGUGCGAUACGCGAUAGAUAGAGUACCUAGUUCAAUUCUUUAUUUAUUAGUGAUACAAAAAUUCAUUGAUAAAGUUUUUCAUCACGCAAUACGCAUGUGUUCGCUAUUCGUGUCUGUGUUUUAUAGUACCUAUAGUUAGAAUACAAAUGGUUACAGAAUUAUAUUACUCUUGUCAGAGCAUCAACGAUUUUAACCAAGUUUGAAGUUUUCCAAGGCAGUGUCUGUUUCAUCUCCGACAAGAUUACUUACAAAAAGUUGAAGCUCAGAGAAGACAAAAUCACUGAAGUACGUGCUAUCGACCCCUAAUAAAAUAAUACUAGAUAAAUUGUUGAUACGAAAUUCCAAAUUUGAUCAUGUCGUCGAAUGAAGCUAGCGUUUCAACGUGCACAUCCACUGAAGAUUUCUGGUGUAAUACAGUUGAAUUUCACGAAGCAGAGUUUGUUUGGAAAAUAAGUGAUUUCAGUUCUCUCGACGAGGUGAAUAAAAGCACAAAAUCCGGAAAAUUCUCAUCUCCUACAAACGAUAAGUUUAUAUGGUAUUUGGAUAUUCACUUCGGAGGCCUUGAGGACGAAACAGAUAUAUUUCGUUUUUAUCUAAAUCUGAAUAAAAAAAGCGCUUCUGAAAGAGUAUUCGCAAAAUUCACUUUUUCCAUUUUGGAUAAUCAAGAGGAAGAAAACUAUAAGCCUGUACCGAAUGUUCUGGGUCGUGAGUUCGGCAAUAACCACCGCGAUGAUCCAGGUUCUGAUGAUGAUGAUGAUGAUGAUGGUGAUGAUUCUUGGGGUUGGGAUGAUUGUCCCAAGGAAAACGAAAGUUUCAAAAAUAAAUUUUUGCAAAAUGAUACGUUAACGAUUUUAUUCCAGAUGAUAUUUUUCGAAAUAAACCAGAAAAAUGUAACUAGUAUGUUUCGCCGUUGUAACACUAUUCAUCUCAAACAACUUUCCGAUAAUUUGGCAUCGGUUCUUGAGAAUCCUAAUUUUGCAGACUUCACGAUUACAGCGAAAGGCAAAAAUUAUCAGGUUCACAAAAAUAUUUUAGCUGCACGUAGUACUUAUUUCGCCAAGAUGUUCGAAAGCGGAAUGAAAGAAAAUCAACAAAAUUGUGUAGAAAUUACCGACGUAAACGAAGAGAUUAUGGGUGAAAUGUUGAAAUUUAUUUACACCGGAGUAUGUGAAAAUUUGGAUAAAUUAGCCGACGACUUAUUAAUCGCUGCUGACAAGUAUGAUAUAGAUCAUCUGAAGAAGAUUUGCGUAGAGUCGAUUUACAGUAAGUCUUUAUGUGUAGAGAAUGCGCUGAAUACACUUAUAUUGGCGGACCAGUAUGAUGCAAAUGAACUUAAAUCAAAAGUGAUUGACUUCAUCGUAGCUAAUUCAUCUGAAAUAAUGGAGUCGGCGGCAUGGGAUGAAAUUAUGCCAGUGUAUCCUCAUCUCUUGAACAGUGUAUGUAAGGUGAUGCGGCAGUUUCUCGUAAUACCCAAAACUAAGUAGGCGUAAUUUUACUGAAUAUUUGUAAUGCCUGUAAUUAUUUUACCUAGUUUUUAAGCUUUUAUUUUAGUGUUUUUUUAUAGCUUAAACCUAAAUAAAUGAGCUUUUUUCUUCAAUUUGA